AUGGCCACCACAGCUGAAACAUCCAACCCCGGUCCUCAAACCCAGGUUAGCUUGACCUCAAAAGUCAUCGCAAUCACCGGCGCCAACCGGGGAAUCGGUCUCGGAAUCGCCGAAUGCUGCCUCACCAACGGCGCCGCACGAGUCUACUCAAUCGACAUCAACCAACCCGGCGAAGAAUUCACACAGCUCUCCACCCGCUACCCAAACCGCCUCUUCUCCCUCACCGCCAGCGUGUCCGACGAAUCGACCAUCACGGCCGCAAUCGACCAGAUCAUCGUCGAGGCCGGAGCCUUGCACGGUAUGGUCGCCAACGCGGGACGAACGCACCAUAAAGCCGCGCUGGACUUCACAACCGAGGAAAUCGAAUCACUAUUUAAUGUUAAUCUCUUCGGGGCGUUUUAUACCGCGCGCGCGGCUGCGCGCGCGUUUAUUAAAUUAGGCAUUAAGGGCUCCGUCGUGUUUACGGCGUCGAUGGCUUCGUAUCGUCCGAAUAAGCGCGUCCCAUCAGCCCCCUACGGCGCCUCGAAGGCCGGCAUCCGCAACAUGACGCAUACCCUGGCCAUGGAGUGGGCGCAGUACGGCAUCCGGGUGAACAGCGUUUCCCCGGGUCUGGUGAACACCGCCAUGACGUAUUGGGUGCCGCAGCAGCCAGACUGGGAGCAGCAGAUGAAAUACUACGGGGGAUUUCCGCGGUUGGCGGAGGUGCAGGAGCUGGGGGGUGCGUAUGUCUAUUUGCUGAGUGAUGCGGCGAGCUAUACGACUUCGAUUGAUAUUCCGGUUAAUGGGGUUGUUGGGAUUUGUUGA